GCGAGUUCUGUGGUCUGGGCGAUCGCCUGUGUUUCUCCAGAAACUAUCAGACAGCAGACACACUAAACUCACUUUCCAGAUCAAGUGUCUCUUUUUUUGGUGCUGCUUGGAAGCUCAAUUGUGGCUCAGCUGAUUUAAUAAAAUUAGGUUAGUAGCUUCUGAAAAGAAUUCCUCAUUUCUGCUCUGCAACAUGUGGUGGAUGCUGUUUCCUCACUGGAUCUGGUUCGUCUUGGGACACUUUUUGCUGCUGAUUGUGCACCGGCAAAGUGUGAGAGGCAUGACUUUGCAAGGAGCUGCGUAUUCCCACGGAGGGAUCUGUCCAAACGACAUGAACCCAAACCUGUGGGUUGAUGCAAUGAGCACCUGCAAACGGGAAUGCCAAACUGACCAGGAAUGUGAACUGCUUGAGAAGUGCUGCGCCAAUGUGUGCGGCAACCGCAGCUGUGUGGCGGCGCGCUAUAUAGACACUACAGGCAAGAAAGGGCCCAUGGGAAUGCCAAUGGAGGCGUCCUGUGACCAGUUCAUGUGCACUCAGCAGGGCUCGGUGUGUGACAUCCGGGACGGCCAGCCGGUCUGCAAGUGCCGCGACCGCUGCGAGAGAGAGCCGCAGUUCACCUGCGCAUCCGACGGCAUGACUUACUAUAACAAGUGCUACAUGGAUGCAGAAGCAUGUUCUAAAGGCAUCUCAUUAUCUGUGGUGUCCUGCCGGUUCCAUCUCAGCUGGCCAAACACUAGUCCGCUUCCCUCAGGAACCACAGCAUUACCAACAACCGCAUUACAGAUCACCACUCCUAUACAAAUGCAGGCUCCAGUAAUCCUCAGCAGUCCAACACAGCAAUCUCCAUUCAUCGGAGACACCGUUAGCUUUCUCUGUGAUGUCGUAGGACAUCCCGUUCCUGAGAUAACCUGGCAGAAACAGUCGGAGAGCGUGCAUAUGAAACCCAAUCAUGUGUACGGAAAUAUGGUGGUCACUAACAUCGGUCAGCUUGUUAUUUACAACGCACAGAUUCAGGAUUCAGGUAUUUACACGUGCACGGCUACCAACGCCGGAGGAUCCGUUCAAGCAAACUUCCCACUCUCUGUUUCAAAGCCAGAAGCUGUGGUUAAAGUAAACGCCUCCGUUGUUCCUGUUGACGAAUGCUUUAAGGCUCCUGACUCCGAUGAUUGUGGUGAAGAAAAGCUGAGUUGGUUUUUCGACCCGCAGAGAAACAGCUGCAACACGUUCACCUACAGAAACUGCAGCAAAAACCAGAAUCACUUUGACGAUUAUGAAACGUGCAUGUCUUCGUGUCUGCAUGAUAUCUCAGCCUCUUGCAUGCUUCCGAUUCUUAAGGGUCCAUGCAAAGCGUAUGAGCUUCGCUGGGCGUACAGCAGCACUCUACACCAGUGCAUGCCUUUCAUCUACGGCGGAUGCAAAGCCAACGAAAACAACUUCAAAUCCAAACGGUCCUGCGAAGAUGCAUGCCCGUAUCCCAAGAACCAUCAAUGCAAAGCGUGCAAACCUCGCCACAAGAUGGUGAGCAGCUUCUGCAGGAGUGAUUUUGUGCUUUUGGGGCGAAUGGUAGAUCUGACCGAGGAUCAGGAUUCAGGGCGUGCGCUGAUCAUGGUGGAGGAGAUACUGAAGGAUGAGAAAAUGGGAUUGAAGUUUUUCGGGAGUGAGCUGCUGGAGGUGACUCUGCAGAACAUGGACUGGAGCUGUCCGUGUCCCAACGUGACCACGUCUGACGAGCAGAUCGUUUUUAUGGGGGACGUCCACAACGGGAUGGCCGUAUUGCAGCCCGAUAGCUUCGUCAUCGUCUCUAGUGUUCGCCGUGUGCAAAAACUUCGAGAGGUGGUCAGUAAAAACACCUGUGACAUUCUCAAAGAGUUCGUGCAGUCGUGAAUCUUCUCAGAAAUCGCUCUUUUACACUGCAAAACAUGCGUUUGUCUUGUUUGUCUAGUCCAAGAAGCAUUUUUGAACAAGCAAAUCAUCUGAAAAAGGUCUAAAAAAGAUUUAUUUACUUUAAAUGGCUCCUAUUUGACCCCUUUUACAAGAUGUAACACAAGCUUUCGGUGUCUCCAGAAUGUGUCUGUAAAGUUUCAGCUCAAAAUACACGCCAGGGGCCUCAUGUACGAAGACUUGCGUUGAAUUCAUGCUAAAACGUUGCGUACGGACAAAGCUGUAAAUGUGCGCAGUAAAAAAAAUCAGAUGUAUGAAACACUGCGCACGCUGAAUCCCACGCAUAUUCUCUUUGUACAUCCGAAUUAACGUGAAACUGAGCGCACGUGCACGAGCGCAAAACCCCUCCCCCUUAUAAAUAAGGUAAUGACUCCACUUUGGCGAAACCAAAUGAAAAAGCAAUGGCAAAAUCAAGAAGAGAAACUUGACAGAAUGUGAAUUGGAGGUGCUCCUAUCGGAGGUAGACCGGAGAAAACGGUGUUAUUUGCUAGUUUGCCCUCCAGAAUUAAUAACAAAAGAAAAACAAUAAAGUGGGAGAGUUUAGCUGACGCGGUUAACACUGUGGGGUCUGAACAGCCCACUGUGAGUGAAUUAAAAAAGAAAUGGUCCCAUGUAAAGGUGCAGGUUAAGAGGAGAACAGUGGCGUAGCUCAUAAAGCGCAUGGCAACAUGUUUUGACACGAUCGAUCAUGAACCCGGUUCGAAUCCAGCGUCUCCUUUUCCCCCCCGCCACUACAUAUCAGAUUUUGCCUACUCUUCAUCACGAGGAAGACAAGUAGGGAUCAUUAAUAAGUGUGUGUAUUAUGGAAGACUCAGAUUCAUAGAACUGAACUGGACUGGAGAGGUGUUAUAUCCAAAUCAUGUGCAUUAUAAGUUUGUACCCAUUAUACCCUUAAAUAUACAUUUUAGUACUGCUUCAGUGAACCUGAACAAGCCGCCUUCAUUGCAAUGUGCGUGCAGUCGAUCACUCUGAUUACACUGGGAAAACCGGCGAUCGCUGCAAAUUGCGCUUUAAUGUUUGGCUGGUCAACUGAAUGGUAUGGAAACCUUAUAUACCUGCUAGACAUGUGGAUGAUCCCGUCCCAUACAGCUGCCAUUGCAUGGCUCAAAGAUACUUUGUAUUGUGCAAUUGAACACAAUUGCCUCUAGGAGUCGCCGAUGGAAAUAAAACAAACACACUCAAGAAAUGCACGUACGCCAGAUUUGAGGUUGGCGUGGACCAAAGCACAUUCUCACAUUCAUUUCCUCAUUAGUAAUGUUCUGUGGACAUAUAUAUGCAUGUUAUUAUAGUAACAUGGCACCAGUCAAUCAAUUCGGUGGGCAGGGAAAAACUCCUAUGUCACGUUGCGGUGGGCCUCAAAAUCACUGGAAUUUAGGGUGCACUCACACUAUGCUAUCCGAAUUGUGCCUAGGCGCGUUUCCUGGUUUGUUUGACAAGUCGGGCCCAUGCGCGGUUCAAUUGGCUGGCCCUGGCCUGGUUGGAAGAGGUGUGUCAGAGCACGGUUCGGUCGAGGUUUGGUGCAGUACGCUUGUAGUGUGUCUAAAGCGUGCCUGAGCCCGAAACUGAAUACGUGACGUCAAUUUUAAGGGGCGGUUUCAUUAAGAUAAUAAUCAUUCUUACUGUUCAAUGACCAUGAGCUUCUCUUCAUGACAGCUCCACCUUCAGCAAACCUCCAAAAAAAUGCAGCAUGAGGAAUUUGGAUGAGCGUUAGAAGUGCUGGAUCUGUUCUGGGAAAUAUUUGACUGUGUGUCACUGCAUCCCAAACAACUAACACGAUAUAACUAAAGCAAUCUUCACUGCACUUCUCUUCCUGUUAAACUGAACAGUCGCAUCAUCGAUAACGUAAGCGUGCUCAAGGCAAACGGCAGUAUGAGUGGAGAAUCCCGCUUCGGCACAGUUCGAGGCAACUGGACCCAGUGUGAGCACGUCCUAUUUUAACGUCAGGAAGUUUAAAAAGCAGACUUGUUGGGUUUCCAUCAGUCCAGUAUGACUGUGGACACACUAUUCUACACACAGUUGUGUCCAAACAGCUCAGAAAAGUUGAUUUUCAUCAUAGCUGCGCUUUAAACAAGUUAAAUAAUGUUCUAAUGGAGUAAGCAAAAUAAUCUUGUGCCAAAAGGAAAAAAUUAUUUAUUAUGCCUACCCCAUUGGCAGAUUAUUUUGCUUGUUUUUAGGAAAAACUCACUUAAUUUUGGCAUUUUAUUUUAUAAAACAAGGCAAUAUGUUUUGCUUGUCUAGAAAAUGCUUCUUGAUUUAUGAGUUUUGAGAUAUUUGGACUAAAAACAAGACACAAAGUCUAAUUUUGUGCUCUGCUUUGACACGGUUAGACGUUUGUCUACAGCUUGAUGGAGAAAUGCUCAUAUCAGCGUGCAAGAUUUACAUAAGAGUUGCUGUUUGAGUAAAAAAAAUGCUUUUCUUACUUGUUUCUAGUCCAAAUAUUCUUAAAUUAAGAAGCAUUUAAUAGACAAGCAACAAAUAUAGUCUUGUUUUCAGAAAUAAUGAGUCAAAAUGUGAACAAGCAAAAUAAUCUGCCAAUGGGGGGAGUGAAAUUAUGAUAUUUCAAAGGGAAAACAGGAUUAUUUUACGCCCACGCUGGCAGAUUAUUUUGCUUGUUUUAGGGAAAAACUCACUUAAAUUUGGCCUUUUUUUUUGCUUGUCUACAAAAUGCUUCUUGAUUUAGGAAUGUUUCGAUAUUUGGACUAGAAAUAAGCCUUUUGCAGUGGACAAAUGAUGCAUUAAUCAGAGCAAACAUCAGGACAGAGAUUUUCUUACUAUGAGAGACGAAAAUUCAAUUUGUUAUGACAGGCGGCGCACAAACAGAGCAAACUACAAUUCAGAACUGAUUUAUAUAUAUAUAUAUAUAUAUAUAUAUAUAAAAUUAACGUUUUUGUGACACUUUACAAUGCACUAAUACUGUACGCAUUAAACCAACCCAGGCUCAUUCUGAAAACGUACCUCUAUAUACAUUUCUUGAGACCGCGAAAUACGUCCUAGGAGCAACGUUAUUUUGCAGUUUUUGUUUACACGAAUCCACCAGAGGCCGCUGUGUACGCUUGUUCAGAUCUCAAAUUUCUCUCACAAGUGCCAUUCGUGCCUGCUGUUCUUGCGUAGAUCCACCAGAGGCCGCUGUAGGCUGACUGUUUGACUGACGGAAUGACCGACCAAUCGACUCACCCACCCUCCUCCUUCCCUAAACCCAACCAAUUGUAUUGAUUGCCCCACCCACUUCCUUAAACCCAACCGACAAUUUUCAAAAGCAGUCCAGAAAAAGAAAAGCCCUCGUCUGAUUUUUACCACGUUUUCAGAUUUUACCACGUUAUUUACUUGUUUAUUUUAUUUUUUGGAUUUUUUUUUGUCUUGCCUGCUUUCUGGAACUGUUCUUCACCAGACUCGAACCCCGUCGUCGUGGUCUCUGUGUCUUAAGUCCACCGACGCACAUGACGAGAUAGCGGGACAAACUGGUUACAGUGGGAAAGCUGUUCAUACGGAGGUAAGCGGUCAGCUGGGAAGCACGAAAAGGAACAGCGCCAUACCCUGCCCCUAGCGUUCGUUAAAAAAAUGCAGCCAUACAUUGCUCUGGCUAAAUAAUUUGCGGUCUCCAGAAACGUGUACAGGACUACGUUUUCAGAAUGAGCCUAUGUUGCAUUAAACCAUGCUUAUAGGGAUAGUUCACCCACAAUUAAUAUGUACAAUUAUUUUCUCUUAUUUCAUGUACAUAGUGUUUUAAAAACAUGCUAUAUCUCUGUUAUAUGUUUAUAUCUGUCUUACAUUUACAUACUAUUGAUUAUUAGGGAUUUAAUACAUUAAAACACAUUUACGUAUUAAGAAUUUAUUGCUUAGUCUCUGACUCUGUUCAUUUUGAUGCAUUAAUCAUUAAUAAAAGGUUUAAUUCUUAAUUCACGACUAACACUAUAUCUCAUAAUUAUCUGUGUAUUAUUUAAGCAUUAUUUAAUGCAUAUUAGUGCUCCUGUGUUGUAAAGCAUUACCUUUUAUUCUAUAUUUGCUUGGUCAAACUUUCAGGAAUAUUUGUUUGUGUUGUAUUAUAUCGUUAGAUCUGCUUGAAGCACUUAGAUAAGUUGUAUAGUAUUGAAUAGGAAAUGGACAAUAAAGCCUCACUUGUGUAUAGAACUGAGUGUACAUGAUUCAGCACAGACUGCAUUUAAUGUUAAGCUAUUUAUUAAGAUAACUGAUGAAGCAUCAGUGUGACCAGCCCCAAACGCUGUCGUUUCUUACAAGCACUCGCCUGUUUUUACUGUUGUCAUUUUAUUAUCUUUAUAGUUCAGUGUGUCUGUCAGGAUUUGCUUUGUGGAUUGACACAAAAAUAAACUUUUGAACUUA